CGCAAAGUGUUUUCUGUUCUAAUCGUGAAUGAUGGCUGGUAUUGUGCCGCUGUCCGGUAGAUCCGGCAGAAAACAGUGGACGCUGCACGAUGGACCAAAAGGUUCUCUUAGACGAUUACGUUCUCGAAUGGCAGAAGAUGGUUGUCCAGAAUCUCAAGUGAUUUUGGCUAAACAAUUAUUGGAGGAACGAUGCGAGCUUGAGGUUGACAAAGAGGAAAAUGCAAAAUUGGGCGUUUAUUGGCUGACGAAAGCCUCGGAACAAGGAAACUUGGAGGCAACUGACAUUCUUAGGAAAUGCUUAGCUACAGGUCGCGGCAUAACGGAACACAACUAUUAUGAUGUGAAGAAUUGUCUGGACAUGACACAAGAUGAGAAAUUGGCUAGAAGAGCAGCGAGAGAGAUGUUUACAAGCUUAUCAAACGGUGAGGACUUUAUCACUACAGAGCAACUGCAAAGACGUGUGAGGAGUUUGUCGUCUCCGUCGACAAGUAAUAACCUCGACUACUCAAACUCUAGCAACAAUUCUUCGCAAAAAAAACUAAAUAACGACGAUAACGAUUGCUUCCCCAAAAACGGGCUUCCUGAUGAUUCUCCAUCCAUAAAGGAUGAAGAUCGAGUAAACGAUGCUCAUGAUUGGGCCGAUCAUCAAGGUGAGAAAAUUACAGAAGCUGCUUUGGUCUCCGCAGCUACGAGUUACGCACGCGGGAUGCUUCCAAUAGUGUCGCACGCUCUUUGCAUGAUAGAUCCUAUUGAACGGACACUGGACACGAUACCGCUGCUGCAAAGAUCGUUCAUUCAUCCGUUUGCGUCAUUGAAACGUCUCUACAGUUGGUUAAUCGAUACGCUUGGUCACAGAGGCGCGUCCAUCAGAAAGAUUCUCUUCACAUCAAAUCUACACAUUCUAUUGUUACUUUUAUUAUAUUCUUUAUUCGGUACGGAAAGCCUAAUACUUUUCAUACCGAUAGCUCUGUAUUAUCUGUCAUUCGCUGUCAUGGUGAUGGCCACUUUCCAAGUGCUCCAGCGGAAACGCGAGUUUAACAACUUCCGUGUGUGGUCCGGUCUGUUUCUGAGUUAUUCCGGUGGCAAUUUGAAUCCCGAAGAAGCGGAGUACCAAUUCUGCCGCAACAAUCUGAAGCCGUACGGACACUUCUUCGCGUUGCUGCUAAACUUGAUGAUUUAUCCUCUGAUCGCUCACCAAUGGACGCCGCAAUCUGAAUUUACCGUAAUAGCGGUCACGCUGACUCUCAUCACGCUCUACAAUUUUGUAUGGAAGGACGGCUCACGGUUUCCUGACUUUCUGGCUCUCUUCAGCUUUGGCGUGCACGUUCUCGCCAAGUAUCCGUACGAGAUGGAUAUGGUCGUGGCGCAGGGCUGGAGAUUCUUAGACGUAAGAGUGCCGACGUUCGCGUCUUACGUUGUCGGCAACGGUAUAGAGUUCUGUCUAAACUUCCGCGCGGUGUUUUAUUUCCUGAUACCAGCAGUCUUCGCAAAAAUGGCUGCGAGGGACGGUUGGCGCGGCACGUAUCGUACUCUGAUACCCCACUGCGUUACUCUGAGUUGGUGGCAGAUAGCAAUCUUCAGUUCUCAAGGUGCCACGUGGUACGGCUUGAUCAGAGGCACUCUCGCGCUGGUUGGUAUGGUUCUAUUUCUUCCAAUUGCCGGUAUAGCUUCGAUCAUUUUACCGAUCGUGGCCAUCACUAAAUAUUUAUCAGAAAAUGACAUGGCGAUGAGAAUAACUGUUACAACUGUACUUGGAGGAAUGCCGUUUUUGGCCUCGUGGUAUCUGAGGAAAACUGGAGCAUCAAGAUUUAAUUGGAUCAUUACGCUUGUUCAAAUUGUCUUUGGCGUUGGCGCUGCGACAUUCUUAUCGUGGCCAAUGAUAAUGGAGUAUAAACAGGAAUCCGACGUGGCAUCGUAUGAAAUUGCGUCUACUUUAACAUGGGAUCAGUAUCAAAAUUACUGUCAUCAACCUGCGUGGGAGGAAUUGUCGUCGAAAGCGCAAGUGCAGGUGCAGUGUGCUCAGCUGGAAGGGGUACCAAUUUCGUGGGAAGGCUACGUGACAAAUAUUAAAUUAAAAUCAGUAAAAAACAAUAUUGCAGCUGUAUUAAAUAAGCUGCCUGACAAUAUUAAAACGAUACUGACUUGCUUGUACGGAGAACCGUACGAGGAAAGCUGUAAUUCUAGAGAUGAUGUACGUAGAAAGAACUGCAAGCAUAUUGCAAGUGUACAAAAGAGGAGAAGUAAAUGUCACUUUCCGGCUUGGGAUCAAUAUGAGUUUGAGAUCACCGUUAAGAUGAAAAACGGUAUAUGGGGAAGUACAACGGAGAUACAUCUCGUGGCGGACCAUUCGUUCACUAAUUUUAGUCUGAACAUAUAUCCAGGCGACAAAAUUUGGUUUUCCGGUACGCUUCUGAACAACGGCUUGGAGAAAGAAUUCCUUCUCGGUGGCGCCGAGCCACACGUUGAGCUGGAAGAAACAGGAUGUCUCGCGUGCAACUCCGUUGACCUGAAAACGUCUUACAAACGUUAUAGGUAUCGUAUUAGUAUAAGCUCUAUCAUCAGGGAUCUUUGUCUCAGCGUAAAGACUGUACUAAACUUUUUGUUAAAUCCGAUUGUGAUGUUCAAGUGAUCAUGUUCCAUGUGACUGAAUCUUUUCAAUCUUUCUAGCUUCUUUGACUUAACAUAAUGGUACUAAUUCGAUAUAAUUAGUUAAUAUCUUAGAUUGUUUAACAAUUGAUAUUAAAGAUGGAAUAUCGUUUUUAAUGGUCGUUUUAUGGAAAGCAGAAUUAAUUUAUAAGAAUGUACCAAGAAAAUUUAAUUUUCUGGUACAAUACAUUUACGGUACAAUAUAUUUGUUCUAAAAGCAUCGUAACGAUUAUUGAAAGAUUUAUGUUUGGACGUCGAUGUAAUACGAUGCAUCGUUUUAUCUCACAACAGAUAUUUAGAGUAUAUAAUCUGUUAUAACGAUAACAGAUUAUUAUUUUACAUAUAUGUGUAAAAUAUAUUAAUAAUAUCGCACUAUGUCUGAUGAUAUGCUAUGUACAGUAUAAUCUAAAAAGAAUUGAAAGAAAAAACUGUUAUAUUAUACACAACAACAAAUCAUAUAAAAUAUAUGAAAAAACAGCAAUUCUUCACAUGAACACACAAGUAUAUAAACAUGCACACAUGUGUGAUAAGAAAGUAGAGAAUAGUGCCAGUGUUUCGAUGUUACCGAUGCCUCAGGCAAUAUACAUUAGUUAUUAUACUAGGCUUUCAUGAAGAAACCAUAAUCCGCUUCAGAGUAUUAAGAUAUAUUUUAAGAUUGAUAUAUUUUCGUAAGCAUUACUGCCAAUAAAAGAAAAGAGAAGCUUGAUAUUUUUAUAUUUCUUUGUAUUUUCGAGGAAUGAUUCGAGGAAGAUAAGAUCUUGUUUUAAUACUGUAUGUAAUAAAAACUGCAUUUUUUUACUAGGUUUAUAUAUACACACAUCUUUAUAAUAAAGUUUUCGUUAGUUUAUAUGGCAAGCAAAGGCAGUAUGCAACCGAUGCAAUAUAAUGCAAAUAAUUUUAGAUUAUUCGGUUUAUUAUUAUUGAAAGAAAAUUAUAAUAUUUAUAGAGAACAUCAUGUAUUAACCGAUUUAAACCUCUACUUGAUAAACAUUUUAUUCUAAUAUACUAAAUAUUUUAAAAUUUAGUUACCUGAAUAAUGUAGAUUUUAAGGAAUAUUGAAAACGUAUAUACAAUAACGAACAACAACUCAUUGUACAUGAAUGUUAAGUGUUUAGCUUUACGAAGUAUAUCUGUCUAUACAACUAAAAAAUUUUGUCGUACCACACAAAGGCAAUAGGAACCAAGACAAGUGCAAUAGCAAAGAAAUGAGACAGAUAUAGAUGUGCCUUGGUGUUUUCUGUUUGAAUGAUUUUAUUGUUAAUAAUGAAAUAAUCUAUCUGCUUCCUAAAAGCAAACACAAACCGAUUAAAUAUGUUAAAACAUUACAAAUUCUUGCAUUUUGAUGUGCAAAAGUAUAUUUUUGUCAUAAACAAUAUAGUAAGAAAUAUAGUAGAAAAUUCAAAAUAUGA